AAGACCCAUCGGAAUUCUGAAAAAUUCUGGGGAGAGCAGAACAAAGAGAGGGGGUUGCAGUCCCCGCCUUUAUUCCAUUGUUUAUUACUCGAUUAAACCUAGCAAUCUCCUCCCUUUUGUUUCCGAAUCCCUUAAAAAAUCCAAUCUUUAUCAACCCCGCAUCUAAAGGACAAGCGAGGUAAUAUUUUUCUUCAAUCAUCUCCACAUUCAUCCUCUCAAAAAAACAGUUUUUUUUUUGGGUACCCAUCUCGUCUGAUUUCUUAUUAUUCACCAAAACAUUAGAAAGAUCAAAUUUUUUUAUUAUUAUCUUAUUCCAAACCUUCCAGUUAUACGUUUUCUUCAAUCCAUCUUCUCAAAAUCACAUCUUUGAAGCCUUGUCAACGGUAACGCUUAUUUGCUCCUGUGGUUCCAAUCACUGGAUUCUUGGAAACCCUAGAAGCCCAUGGGAAAGAUGAGCUUUGAAGCAAUUGAAACCCAAAAAGAUGGGGUUUUCUCAUUUCAAGGAUUAGGGUUUCAUUGGAAUAACCAAGAGGAUUUUUACCCAGCUGGAGGUCUCUUUGCAAGUGUUGGGCAAAUGGGAAUAGGGGGUUUUGGCCUCUCUCCCAGUUCCCCAAACCCUAGAGACAACUCUGUUAGCAACGCUAGCACUGAUCUUUUGACAAAGUAUGUGUCGCCGGAGAUUGGGUAUCGGGCUGUUGGGAUUCCAAUGGAAACAGUGGAGGAAGCAUCUAGGGUUUUGAGCGGUGAAAUUUUGGAGAAGAAGAAAAAAGUUGGAGUUAAGAUUAGAAUUGGGAAUCCUUCUUUUAGGAGACUGAUCAGUGGAGCUUUCGCCGGAGCGGUUUCUAGGACUGCGGUUGCUCCGUUGGAGACAAUAAGGACACAUUUGAUGGUAGGUAGUAGUGGGGAUUCGUCGACCGAAGUUUUUCAGAAUAUUAUGAAGGACGACGGAUGGAAAGGAUUGUUUCGGGGUAAUCUUGUUAAUGUUAUUCGAGUUGCUCCGAGCAAGGCUAUAGAGUUAUUUGCCUUUGAUACGGUCAAGAAGGUCUUAACCCCGAAGAACGGCGAACAACCUAAGCUGCCCAUCCCUCCAUCACUAAUUGCUGGAGCAUGUGCUGGGGUUAGCUCAACACUAUGCACAUAUCCUCUAGAAUUGCUCAAGACCCGGUUGACUAUAGAGAAAGAUGUGUAUGAAAACCUCAUGCACGCCUUCUUCAAAAUAGUUCGAGAAGAAGGCCCAACAGAACUCUACCGAGGUCUCACACCAAGUCUAAUAGGAGUAGUACCAUAUGCUGCCACAAAUUACUUCGCUUAUGAUACCCUUAAAAAAGCAUACAAGAAGGCAUUCAAGACCGACGAUAUUGAGUUCCCUCUUGAGGUGGCUCGAAAACAAAUGCAGGUGGGAGCCGUUGGAGGAAGGCAAGUGUAUAAGAACAUGCUCCAUGCUCUUAUAAGCAUACUUGAGAAAGAAGGGGUUGGUGGGCUUUAUAGAGGUUUGGGUCCAAGUUGUAUGAAGUUGGUUCCUGCUGCAGGAAUUUCGUUUAUGUGUUAUGAGGCUUGCAAGAAGAUACUGAUCGAUAAAGAGGACGAUCAGUGAGAUUCAGUGAUGCAUAAGGUAAUAACUUGGCAAUCCUUGGCUUCUGCUAUCGGUGCCUAAAGAGCCUUUCUCUUUUUGCCUCCCGGUUUUCCUUAUUGUUGUUUUUUCCUCUUGACUUAUGAAAACCCAUUCUUAUAGAUUUCUUUUCAAGACUGUUGCUGAUACCAGCUGAGAGUUUUGGGUUUAAACUUGACUGAAGAAUAAGGAUAAUUAACAGUUAUGGGGGUUUUAGUUUGGUACGGUUGUUUUUUUAAUGUUGACUGAGUGUUGUUUUUGCAAGAAUUAAAUGUUCUUGCUUGA